AUGGCCUUAGUAUCAGCUGCUCCUUACUUGGCCUUGUUGAAUGAACAGGAUUCCAGCUUAAAGGCUUAUGCCUUGACCUCCUUAAACGACGUGGUCGACCAGUUGUGGGCCGAAAUUGCCAACAACAUCACCGACUUGGAAGAGUUGUAUGAGGAUGAAUCAUUCGAAAAGCGUUCUUUAGCAGCUUUAAUCAUAUCCAAAGUCUACUACAAUUUGGGUGACUUCGACUCUUCCGUUAAGUAUUCGUUAGCAGCCGGCGACGAGUUUGACAUCGACGAGCAAAGUCAGUAUAUUGAAACCAUUGUGUCCCAGUGUAUCAACUUGUACACCUCAUUGGCACAGAAGAAGUUUGAAAAUGAAUCGGUCGUUAUUGACAAGCAAUUGACUGCCAUCUUUGAAAGAAUGUUACUCAAGUGCAUCAAGGCCAACGACUUCAAGUUGGCCUUGGGAAUUUCCUUGGAAUCUCUUAGAUUGGAUAUUGUGGAAAAGAUUUUACACGAACAAAUAGAGACCCAUCCCGAAAAUGCCAUGAACUUGAUUAACUAUAUUUUAGUGUGUUCGAGCAAUGUCAUAAGUAACGUCAAGUUCAGAAAGGUUGUGUUGGAGUCUUGUCUCAGCUUGUUGUUGAGCUUGAAGAAUCACCAAGACUACUUCACUGUAUUCAAGAUCAUUGUCCAGUUGAACGAUUUUGAAGUUGCCACACAGUUGUUCAAACAAAUGUUUGACAAUGGCCGAAUUGCAAUUGCUUAUCAAGGAGCUUUCGACUUGGUGAGCUCGGCGUCCCAAGAGUUGUUGGACAAUGUGUCUGCUAGUUUGAAGGCUGACGAGACCUUCAAGUCGUCGAAGCCACUACAAUCCACCUUGUUGCAUAUUUUGAGUGGGGUUCCUACUUGUGACUUGGACAUAACGUUCUUGCACAAGAACAAUAACACAGAUAAGACCAUCUUGAACAAGACCAAGAACUCAUUAGAAGGUAGAAGUUCUAUUUUCCACUCGGCCGUUACCUUUGCCAAUGCUUUUAUUCAUGCUGGUACCACCGAUGAUUCAUUUAUCAGAAAAAAUUUGGAGUGGUUGGGAAAAGCCACCAAUUGGUCCAAGUUCUCUGCAACUGCUGCCUUGGGUGUGAUUCAUAAAGGGAACUUGACUCAAGGCAGAAACAUUUUAAAGCCUUACUUGCCAGGUUCUUCAAACUCUCCACACUCUAAGGGAGGUUCUCUUUUUGCUCUUGGGUUGAUUUUUGCCGGCCAUGGGAAAGAGACAAUUGAAUAUUUGAAGCUGUUUAUUGAUGAACAUGGAAUCUCAGCCGGUAACAGUGAUAACGAUGUGAUGCUCCACGGUGCCUGUCUUGGAUGUGGUGUAGCCGGUAUGGCCAGCAAUAAUGAGUCCUUAUAUGAGGCAGUGAAGCUGGUAUUGUACUUGGACUCUGCUGUUUCUGGUCAAGCUGCUGGUUUAGCCAUGGGUUUGAUUAUGUUAGGAUCUGGAAACGAAUCGGCAAUCCUUGACAUGAUGACUUAUGCUGAAGAAACUCAACAUGAAAACAUUAUCCGUGGCUUAGCCAUAGGUGUUACUCUCUUGAACUAUGGAAGAGAAGCUGAAGCCGAUAAAUACAUCAAAGAGUUGAUGGGUAAAGAGAACUUCAUGUUGAGAUAUGGUGGUGUUUUCACUAUUGCGUUGGCCUAUGCUGGAACCGGUAACAACAAAGCUAUUCAACAAUUAUUACAUGUGGCUGUGUCUGAUCCCUCUGAUGAUGUUAGAAGAGCUGCAGUCAUGUGUUUGGGUUUUGUUUUGAUUAGAGACUACACUGCUGCUCCUCAAAUUGUUGAAUUAUUAUCUCAAUCUUAUAACCCACACGUUCGUUAUGGUACUGCCAUGGCCUUGGGUAUUUCGUGUGCCGGUAGAGCCUUGCCUGCUGCUAUUGAAGUUUUGGAACCUUUGACUAAAGACCCAGUGGAUUUCGUGAGACAAGGUGCUUUAAUGGCAACUUCGAUGAUUUUGAUCCAACAAAACGAACAUAGCUAUCCGAAGGUGAAGGAGUUCCACAAACAGCUUGCUGCAACUAUCAGCAACAAGCAUGAGGAUGCGUUAGCCAAAUUCGGUGCUACUUUGGCUCAAGGAAUCAUACAUGCUGGUGGUAGAAAUGUCACCAUUAACUUGGAAAACUCCCAAACUAACACAUUAAACAUGAAAGCGAUUGUUGGAUUGCUGGUUUUCUUGCAAUCAUGGUACUGGUUUCCAUUUGCCCACUUUUUGUCGUUAUCUUUCACUCCUACGGCUGUUAUUGGUAUAAGAGGCAAGGAUUUGAAGAUCCCCAAGUUCGAGUUGAACUGUCACACCAAACCCAAAUUCUUUGAAUAUCCACCAAAAGUUGAAGAGUCAAAGGAAAAGCAGCCAGAUAAAGUUGCCACGGCGGUAUUAUCAACCACAGCUAGAGCCAAUGCCAGAGCCAAAAAGCAGACCAAGAAAGAAGGCGAAAAGGAAGAACCGUUGGACAAAAUGGAAGUUGACGAAAGCAAGCUUGAGGUAAAAGAUAUAGAAGAAACAAAGUCUGAAGAUACCGAAGACAAAAGAGAGGAAACUGUACGCUACAGCAAGACCCCCUACAAAAUCGAAAAUUUGUCGAGGGUUUUGCCUGCGCAAGCCAACUACACUUCCUUCUUGAAGGAUUCACGGUUUGUUCCCGUCAGGAAAUCGAGAGGUGUUAGUGGAAUCAUAGUGUUGAACGACACCCAGCCCCACAAGAGAUGCGAAUUCAUCAAGACUGUUAGACAGCUUAACGUCACUGAAGCUCCAGUCCCUGAACCAUUUAUCUUGAGUGGUGAAGACUUGGAAGACGAAGAUGAAGACUUUUAA